AUGGAUACUACAGCAUCACUUCCUUUUCUUCCUUGUGUUGACCUUGGCAAUGGUCCUGCAGAAUCGAAAGUAGGACUUGCAAGAAAUCAACUAUCAUACUUGGGAUGCGUUUAUUUCAAAGCGAACAACGAUGAUGUCGAUAUCCUCCUCGGUUUUUUGCAGAGACACGUUGGCAUUGAUACUUAUGUCGAUGUAUCUGCCUUUAAAUCAACAGACGAUAUCGUAACAAUUUUAGACGCUGGAGCCCGCACAGUUUUUGUCAAGCCAUCUCAACUUACACACUUGGAAAAGCAUACCGAUCGUGUUCUUCCAAUCAUACCACAACCGCAAACAGAUGUCGAGUUUCCCAAUGGAGGAUUACUUACUUUUGUCGAUGAGGCCUACACUCGAUCCCUAUUGGAAGAAUUCAAGACGAAAAAAACAACUCCGAUAUUCCUUCUCCCAACUCCUGAAAGUGACUUCGAAUUACUCGUUAAAGUUGCGAGAGAAUUCUCCGCCAUCCCAAUCAUACCUGCGACACACCUGAGCAUUGAAGGGGCUGGAGAGGGUCAAGUCUCCCUUCCAAAAUUGGUUGCGGAUUCAUGGACUUCGGAUAGGGCAGACAAAUUAAUUCCUACUGUGGUUACAGAUGAAAGAGGGCUGGCUUUGGGACUUGUAUACAGCAGUGAAGAGAGCUUGAAGGAGUCAUUGAAAACUGGCACUGGGGUGUAUCAAAGCAGAAAGCGCGGAUUGUGGUACAAAGGGGCAACAUCUGGGGAUACACAAGAACUCGUUAGAGUAUCUUUGGACUGCGAUCAAGAUUGUUUGAGAUUUGUUGUCAAGCAAAAAGGACGGGGUUUUUGCCACCUACCACAAUCUACCUGUUUCGGUGAAUACAAGGGAAUUUCCAAGCUUGAGAAGACCCUUAUUUCAAGGAAGACUUCGGCACCUGAGGGAUCCUAUACAGCACGUCUCUUUUCGGAUGAAAAAUUGUUGCGGGCUAAGAUUAUGGAAGAAGCAGAAGAACUUUGUGACGCUAAGGAGAAGAAAGAUAUUGCUUUCGAGGCAGCAGAUCUCAUUUAUUUUGCUUUAACCAAGGCCGUUUCAGCCGGAGUUACCCUUGCAGACAUUGAACGUAACCUCGAUGCUAAGAGUGUGAAGGUCAAGCGAAGACAAGGGGAUGCCAAGGGAAAAUGGGCUGAAAAAGAAGGAAUUACUAAUGGAUCUACCGCCAAUCUUGAAAGUGUCAAGAAGGUCGUCAAGGAAGCUGCUUCAGUGCCAAAAUCCUCGGAAGACAAGGCUGGACUUAAAAAUGGACGCAUCACUAUGAGACGAUACAAUGCCGCGACAACAUCAGAGGCCGAUCUCAAGGAUGUCUUACAAAGACCUUCCCAAAAGUCUACUGAUAUGAUUAUGGGCAUUGUGAACCCCAUCAUCAAGGAUGUACGAGAAGGAGGUGAUAAAGCAUUGCUUGGAUAUACCCACAAGUUUGAAAAGGCAACAUCACUCACCUCUCCUGUCCUUAAAGCUCCUUUUCCACAAGCACUUAUGGACCUUCCAGCAGAGACUAUUGAGGCGAUUGACAUUUCUUUCGAAAACAUUCGCAAAUUCCACGCAGCACAAAAAGAAGACCCAUUGCAAGUUGAGACUAUGCCAGGCAUAGUAUGCAGUAGAUUUUCAAGGCCCAUUGAGCGUGUUGGAUUGUACAUUCCAGGAGGUACUGCUGUGCUUCCAAGUACAGCUCUUAUGUUGGGUGUCCCAGCUAUGGUCGCGGGUUGUAAAAAGAUCGUACUCGCAUCACCUCCUCGAUCUGAUGGUAGAAUUACUCCUGAGAUCGUUUAUGUUGCUCAUAAAGUUGGUGCUGAAAGUAUCGUUUUGGCUGGUGGUGCUCAAGCUGUCGCUGCCAUGGCAUACGGCACUGAAAGCGUCACCAAAGUCGAUAAAAUCCUUGGUCCAGGUAAUCAAUUCGUGACGGCUGCAAAGAUGUACGUCAGCAAUGAUACCAAUGCUGGCGUUAGUAUUGAUAUGCCAGCUGGACCAUCUGAGGUACUCGUCAUCGCUGACAAGGAUGCGAACCCGGCAUUUGUCGCAUCAGACUUGCUAUCGCAGGCAGAGCAUGGCGUUGACAGUCAGGUAAUUUUGAUUGCCAUUGAUCUCUCCGAGAAAGAAUUGCAGGCCAUCGAAGACGAACUCCAUGAACAAGCUAUGGCUUUACCAAGAGUUGACAUCGUUCGUGGUGCCAUUGAGCACUCGAUAACUCUCGUUGUUAAAGACAUUAAGGAGGCAAUGAAACUCAGCAAUGAGUAUGCCCCAGAGCAUCUUAUAUUGCAACUCAAGGAUGCUGCUAGUGUUGUAGAGUUGGUCGAAAAUGCUGGCAGUGUUUUCAUUGGUGAAUGGACGCCAGAGAGUGUUGGAGAUUAUUCUGCUGGUGUCAACCACUCUUUACCUACGUAUGGAUUUGCCAAGCAAUACUCUGGUGUAAACCUUGGAUCGUAUCUAAAGCACAUUACUAGUUCACAACUGACAGCUCAAGGUUUGAGAAAUGUUGGUGGAGCUGUGAUGCAAUUAGCGAAGGUCGAGGAAUUGGAAGCUCACAGAAGAGCCGUUGGAAUAAGACUUAAGUAUAUGGAUGAGAAAAAUCUAUAA